AACAAUCUAUUUUUUUUAUUAAUACAAAAUUGAUUUAAUAUUUGUUUAUAUCUGGACCAGUAUUUAUUUAUACCUGAAAUAACCCUGAAAUAAGCAAUCGCAGGGCUAAAAAGAAAGAUAAAUUAUCAGUUCGCCAGCACCUUCCAUCAGCAGCAGGCAAUUCGACCAUCCGUCCGUCCGUCCGUCCGUCCAUCACCCUCCAUGUUCGCGGCCUCCUUAUCCCCACCGUCCAUUCCUCCUCACCCAUCCACCACCGCCACCACCGCACCAGCCCUCUCGGAGACGAAGCAACUCCAAGCCCUCCUACUCAAAACCGGCGCGGCCCAGAACCGUCUCCUCUCCCUCGGCGCGAACCGGACCGGCCCUGCAGACCCUUCCCUCAUCGCCCGCGCACUCGUCCUCCUCUCCCACUCCCCCAAUCCCACUCCCACUCCCUCCUUCCUACGCAACACCAUCCUCCAAUCCCUCUCCCAAUCCCCUCAUCCCCAGCGCGCUAUUCUCCUCUACUCCGCCUCCCUCGAAUACGCCAUCCCCCCCACCCCCCACACAUUCCCCUCCCUCCUCAAAUCCCUCUCCCUCCUCCUCGCUCUCCGCGAAGGGUCCCAGAUCCACGCCCACAUCGUCAAGCUCGGGUUCAAAUCCGAUCUCCACUCGCGCAAUGCCCUGAUCCAUCUCUACGCCUCCUGCGGCUGCGUCGACCGCGCGCGCAAGGCGUUCGAUGGAAUGCCCCAGAGGGAUGUCGUAUCCUGGAACGCCAUGAUCGCGGGCUAUGCGCGGAAUAAGCUAUCCGGGGCCGCGCUGGAGCUGUUCCGCGAGCUCCAGCUCGCGGGCGGGGUCGCCCCCGACGAGGUCACUCUCGUGGCCGCGCUCACUGCGUGCGCCGACGCAGGCGCGCUCCGGCUCGGCGAGUGGGCGCACCGUUAUAUCCGAAGGCAUCGAAUGGACGGCCGGAUCGGCGUUAACACCGCACUGAUAGACAUGUACUCCAAGUGUGGGUGCAUCGAUCGGGCCGUUGAAAUAUUUGAGAAUAUAGCCGUUAGGAAUCUCGUUGCUUGGACGGCUGUGAUCAAUGGCUUGGCCAUCAACGGUUGUGGACGGACGGCGAUCGAGUACUUUGAUCGAAUGGUGAUGGAGGAUGGGAUAGAACCGGACGAAGUAAUAUUCAUCAGUGUACUCUCGGCAUGCAGCCAUUCUGGGUUGCUUGAUGAAGGGCGGAGAUUGUUCGACGAAAUGAAGGGGCAGUACAGAUUGGUUCCGCAGGCAGAGCAUUAUGGUUGUAUGGUCGACUUACUGGGCCGUGCCGGACGGCUGGAUGAGGCUUUGGAAUUGAUCCGGACAGCUCCCUUUAAGCCGACGGCGGUACUAUGGCGAACACUGUUAGGUGCAUGUAAAGUGCACAAGAAUGUUGGAAUCGGUGAGGCGGCAAUGCAGGAGAUCCAACGGCUGGACCCACAUCACCACGGUGACCACGUGCUGAUGUCCAACAUCUACGCCACCGCAGGGCAGCAGGACGAUGCUGUGCACAUGCGGAGGAGGAUGAAGAAGCAAGGGAUCGGUAAGGAGCCCGGAUGCAGUGUGAUUGAAUUGGACGGUCGGGUUUACUCAUUUGUGGUGGAGGAUAAGUUGCACCGCCACUCACGUGAGGUGCAUGUGAUGCUGGAUCGGAUUGAGCGUGAGCUGAGGAAGGCCGGGAACGUGCCGGAGACUGCAGUGGCCCCAGCGGCACACCAUAGUGAGAGGGCGGCGGUAGCAUUUGGGCUGAUGAGGACCGCGCCAGGGACGACGCUGAGGGUGGUGAAGAACUUGAGAGUCUGCGAGGAUUGCCAUGUCGCGAUGAAGCUGAUAUCGAAGAUAUAUGGAAGGGAGAUUGUGUUGAGGGAUCGGAGCCGGUUCCACCACUUCAAAGAUGGGUCAUGCUCUUGUGGUGAUUACUGGUAGUAGAGUCGCGGCGCCGGCAUAGGCUUCAUUUUUUUGGGUUUGCUAGUGAAGCAGUUGCUCACACUUUGUAGAUCGUUUGCUUCUUCAAUGUCUGAGUUUUGAACAA